GGUCAGUUCCAACACCUCGCUCUGCUCAAACGCUCCCGCGCAAGCUGAAAGUGUCUCGGCAUAUGUUAGCAUCAGGGCUAACCGUUCAUUGAAAGUUGUCUGUAUGUGGAGUAAUAUAAGUGUUGUCUACUUUUCAUCGGUGAAUGGCGUGUACAGACUCCCCUUAUGCGUUUUUUUUUGAGGCUGCGGUCUUUACUCCGUCCCGGUGUCGCUUGUUAGGUUUUUAAUUCCUGAACGUAUCCUGAGAAAAUCUGGAAAACCCAGCUGUUUACCGACGUGAGAUGGCUGUCCCUAGCUCCCAAGCGGCCGGCUGCGUGCACUCGGGCCUCGGCUCGCCUCCGCAGUCUGACCACUCGCUGGAGCUGAACCGGUCUUUCCCCUGCGCCCGGAGGCCUUCGGCGAGGGGGACCUUCGGGCUGCGGUACUGGCGCUUCAACAGCGCCCUGUCAGGUGACUCUUUGAACUCCUACAGCUACAGCUGGGUGCCUUUGCGAAACGUCCGGUUGAUAGACACCCCCGGUGAGAGAAACCAGUCUGGCUUGUUUUCCGGCUCCUGUGAUGGGUCUGAGAGUUCCAUGCUGGACCAAUUACAUCGUGGGGGCUUUGUCCUUUCUGGGCCCCCUCCGUUCCACAAUCCCAACAAAGCGGUCUUCACUGUGGACACCAAGACCACAGAGAUAUUGGUCGCCAAUGCAAAGGCUUGCAAGCUGUUUGAGUACAGCAGCGAUGACCUGAUUGGGUCAAAGCUUUCCUGGUUCCUGAAGACGACUAGUCAGUCCCUAGAAGAAGCACUGGGGGAGGAGCACCUGAAAAUUAAUGGGACACUCGUUGUUGUAUCUGGAAAAGUGGUUGAUGCAAUGAACAAGAACGGAAAGGUGUUUCCUGUGUCCGUGUGGGCCAGGAGGUUGACUCUAGAGGGACACCGUAGUCUGGUCGUGCUGGAACGUGUGGAGAGAAUAGAAGGUCAUGUGACCUUUGCACCCAAUGGAAGGGUCCUCGGCUGUGACCUGGCUUUUGCUCAUCUCCAUGGUUACCUGGAUGUCAGUGACAUGGUGGGACUGUCUGUCCACGAGCUGAUUCCGUCGCUGCUGGUUCCGACGAGCUGUGAGAUACUACCCAAGAUGCUGAGGGUCCAGCAAGUGACCGGAAGGGGCAGGACAGGCUCCCUUUUCCCAAUGUGCGCCAAGCUGCAAGUUGUGGUUGAUCAUAAGGUCGUGGUCGAGCCGAUUGAGGGGCCCCAGGAUGGGUUGGGCGUAUGGCACUCCGAUGCUUCUGAUCGUGACGAGGGUCGCUGGCUCCCCCCACCGCAUCCAAGGCCCCUGUACGUCUGCACGGUCCACGUCUUCUGUGCUCUCAGCGGGCUUCUAACACUGCGGCCCGACGGCUCCAUACGCAGCAUCAACGACAACUUCGGCCUCAUGCUCUUUGGCUACGCCAGCGCCGAGCUGCAAGACAAGAGCAUCACCUUCCUUAUGCCCGGCUUCUACGAGAGCCUGUGCGUCGCGGGGGGGAGCCCCAGCAACACCCUACUCCGCAGACGUAGGAGCGAGGACCGAUCCGGCCUCCGUGCUCAAACCGGCUAUUCCAGCCCCUCUGGCUCCCACACUGACCCCUGUAGAUACCCUGGUAGCAGUAACCCUCCCUCCGGAAGCAUGGCUCUGCCUUCCUGUCCUGGAUCAGUAGAACCACCAGGUGAAAAAGACCCCAGCACUUUGCUUGCUGGGGACGCUGUGAUUGUUCAGAAGGGGGCUGCUGGAGAGAUGAUCUUCACUGGAGCUAAUGAGCAACUGGAGUCCCAGGGCGGGAUCCCAUCUGCAAUCUCCUCUCCCGCCGUGGCAUCUACACCCUGCGAGCGACAGGAAGCCACUGCUGAACUUUUGGAAGAGGCAGCCCUAGUGUGUCCCAGACUUAGUGGAGGUGACGGUUCUGAUGAUACCAGUGCCCUUCUGCAGACCCUGGGCCCAGAGAAGCUGCAGAACCAGAAUGUGAGCCGCUUGUCCACCCCAGAGCAAGAUCGGGGCACUGGCCCUGCUGGGUGCCCCCAGGCCAUGCCAGGCUCUGCCAAAGAGCUGGGUCACCACUGCUGUGACACAGACGACGGUGAGAAUUCCAGCUUCGAGGUCAUUUCUCUGGGAAGUCGGUCAUCCUCUGGGUUUUGUGAGAAGUGGGCGGGUGGCUCCGGUCCACGGACCGAGGACAUGCGUCCAGAUCGCAGGCCAGCCCUGCCGGUGGACUCCGGCAGCUGCUUCCUGGAAAUGGAUUCCAAUGGAGACCUGGUGACACGAGCACUCGCCGACCUGGACCUGAACAGCAGCCUGGAGCUGCCGGUCGCGGACCUGCCGCGGGCUUCCUGUGACACGGCCGAGCUGCUCCGCACCCCCUCACCAUACAUGGUGGAGUCCGACGUGCAGGGUGAGAGCCAUGUGGAACAAACCACCAAUCCCAGAAUUGUGGGGGGUAGCAUCAACGGCUCAAAGCAAGAAGCGCCGUGUGUUGAUGAGGCCGCCAAGGCGCAGAUCGUUGGCAACAGCAUAAGAAACGAGGGCAUGCCGGCCCCACUCAUGGUUACUGGUACCCCAACAACCUCAACCCCAAAAAAGCAAAAGCGAAGACCACAUACGCCGUGGAACGUGGAUCCCCCAGACAGGAUUGUGGAGGGCUGCUUUGAGGGUCACUGCUACCACAGGGAUGGCUCCAGGCUCGACGUGCAGAUGGCGAUCCGCAGGGUGCAGCUCCCCUGCGGCCAGCCGCUCUUCUGCCUAUGGCUGGCCAGAAGGCACCGUACGGAGCCCGUGCAGGAGCCGGUGGCGAAGCUGCCGUGCGAUACAGAGAGCAAGGACACCUCGCUGCAGGACGCUUCUGCCUGGAGUCUUGGAGAGGCUGUGCAGCAGACAGCACAGGGGGAGACCCUGCGCUCUACCCAGGAUCUUGAGCAGUCUCAUGCCUGUGAUGGCAAAUUUGGGGAGGAGUACAGCCCCAUCUGCGCCCUGGGCAAGGGGGCCUUCGGGUUCGUGUGGAAGGCAUGCAGGAGGGCCAGCGGAAAGGAGGUUGUGGUGAAGUUCAUCAAAAAGGCUCGGGUCGUGAGCGAUUGCUGGGUGGACGACCCCGACAUGGGCCGGGUCAGCCAGGAGAUCGCCAUACUAGCCCGGGUCCAGCACAACAACAUUGUGAAGGUGCUGGAGGUGUAUGAGAAUGAGAACUUCUUCCAAAUGGUGAUGGAGAAACAUGGUGAGGGACUGGACCUUUUCGAGUUCAUCGACCGUCAGCCUCAUCUCGAUGAGCCUCUGGCCAGCUACAUCUUCAGACAGCUGGUGGUCGCAGUGAGUUACCUCCGGGACAGGAGCAUCCUGCACCGAGACAUCAAAGACGAGAACAUCAUCAUCGACACAAACUUCCACAUCCGGCUGAUCGACUUCGGCUCAGCCACCUUUCUGCAGCCGGGGAAGCUCUUCCACGUAUUCUGCGGGACGCUGGAGUAUUGUUCCCCGGAGGUGCUGCUGGGAAACCCGUAUGAGGGCCCAGAGCUGGAGAUGUGGUCUCUAGGGAUACUGCUCUACACUCUGCUUUUCGGUGAAAAUCCCUUCUGUGAGGUGGAGGAGGCCCUAAAGGCACAACUGUGCCCCCCCUUUUCCAUAUCAGAAGAGCUAUACCUGCUGCUCUCCGGCCUGCUGGACCCAGACCCCAUGGAACGGACAACGCUGCAGGAGUUACUGCAGGUCCCCUGGCUCCGACAGCCGAUUAACCUGGCCCAUUACAGCUGGGAGGAAGUCUUCCCCGCGUACCACGACUCCUCUCUCCACCGCGGGUCCAGUUCAGAGGUUCUCCGAGGUGAAGGCCCAUGUGGAGAUGGAUGCCUGGGCUCUGUCGAGGUGCUGCCAUGCGAGGAAGAUGAUAACGACACGGAGGAAGAGAAAAGAUCCAUGGCUGCGCUGGAGAGCGAGCUUCUUAAGUGCCUCUCUGAUGAAUGAAGUCUGAUCAUGUGCUGUAUGACUCCGGGUCCUAUGCAGCCUUUGCCACCUUGAAUGGAGUCUAAAGCAGAUUUCAGCCAUGAGGGAUUGGGGGAGGAGCUAAAGGGGAAGGCGGGGAACAAACCCCUGCACCGAGAGGCUGUAGAAGAGGAACUGGUUGUGGUGGAGUGGAGCUUGUGGUGUAUUUGCAGUCACUCUAGGUCUGAUUUCAGUCAUUGGAUGUUUAGUAUAGCACUUGGCAUGCAGUAUACAUCGGCCUGCUGGCCAGUCAUCUGGGAGCGCUGAUCUCAUACCCAGCGGCGUACUGGCAAGUGUAGGCACCCUUAGUUCAGACUAGCAAGUUUGGUUUAGUUAGGAGAAAUCACUAGCAUUUCUAACAUGGUUUUGAGUCGCUGUAACUCUGCCAUCUGCAGCAAGGUCUCGCAUGCACUCUGCCCUUGUCCCUUGUACACAGUCAACUAGAUGAAGGAAUUGUUUGGGUUUUAAAUGGUUUUUAAUGAAUAAAUAAAUAAAAUGUAUGCAUGUAUUUGUAGUUUGUAAAACACAUGUUUAAUAAUAUUUUAAUCUAUUCAAUUGAUUCUAUUGAAUUUAAUUUUGGUGGGCAAAUUACAUCUUAAGAUGUUCUGUCAGUCAUUUUAAUCAUCCGAAAAUUACAUUCUCUUAAUAUCGUAUUUUUUUAUUCUGAAUUAAACACGAUGAUGUAUGAAUGUGAUCAUAAAAUGUAAAAACCGA